GUUGAUCUGUCUAGUAUUGAAAGUGGAGUGUUAAAGUCUGCCACUAUUAUCGUGUGGGAGUCUAAGUCUCUUUGUAAGUCAUUAAGAACUUGCCUUAUGUAUCUGGGUGCUCCUGCAUUGGGUCUAUAUAUUUUUAGGAUCGUUAGCUCUUCUUGUUUUAUCGAUCCUUUUACCAGUAUGUAAUGGCCUUCUUUGUCUCUUUUGAUCUUUGUUGCUUUAAAUUCUAUUUUAUCAGAGAUGAGAAUUGCAACUCCUGCUUUUUUUUGCUCUGCAUUUGCUUGGUAAAUCUUCCUCCAUCCCUUUAUUUUGAGCCUUUGUGUAUCCUUGCAUGUGAGAUGGGUUUCCUGGAUACAGCACACUGAUGGGUUUUGGAUUUUUAUCCAAUUUGCCAGUCUGUGUCUUUUGAUUGGUGCAUUUAGUCCAUUUACAUUUAGGGUUAAUAUUGUUAUGUGUGAAUUUGAUACUGCCAUUUUGAUGGUAAGUGGCUGUUUUGCCUGUUAGUUCUUGUAGAAUCUUCAUUAUGUUGAUGCUCUUUAACUUUUAGUGUGAUUUUGGAAUGGCUGGUACUGGUUGUUCCUUUCUAUGUGUAGUGCCUCUUUUAGGAGCUCUUGUAAAGCUGGCCUGGUGGUGACAAAAUCUCUGAGUACUUGCUUGUUCGCAAAGGAUUUUAGUUUUCCUUCACUUCUGAAGCUCAGUUUGGCUGGAUAUGAAAUUCUGGGCUGAAAGUUCUUUUCUUUAAGAAUGUUGAAUAUUGGCCCCCACUGUCUUCUGGCUUGUAGUGUUUCUGCUGAGAGAUCUGCUGUGAGUCUGAUGGGCUUCCCUUUGUGGGUAACUCGACCUUUCUCUCUGGCUGCCCUUACUAUUUUCUCCUUUAUUUCAACCUUGUUGAAUCUGAUGAUUAUGUGCCUUGGGGUUGCUCUUCUUGCAGAGUAUCUUUGUGGUGUUCUCUGUAUUUCCUGCAUUUGAGUGUUGGCCUGUCUUGCUAGGUGGGGGAAGUUUUCCUGGAUGAUGUCCUGAAGAGUAUUUUCCAGCUUGGAUUCAUUCUCUUCGUCCCCUUCUUGUACAGCUAUCAAACGUAGGUUAGGUCUUUUCACAGAGUCCCACAUUUCUUGGAGACUUUGUUCAUUCCUUUUUGCACUUUUUUCUCUAAUCUUGGUUUCUCAUUUUAUUUCAUUGAGUUGGUCUUCGACUUCAGAUAUUCUUUCUUCUGCUUGGUCAAUUCGGCUAUUGAAACUUGUGCAUGCUUUGUGAAGUUCUCGUAUUGUGUUUUUCAGCUCCUUUAAUUCAUUCAUAUUCCUCUCUAAGUUAUCCAUUCUUGUUAUCAUUUCCUCAUAUCUUUUUUUAAGUUCCUUAGUUUCUUUGCAUUUAUUUAAUACAUGUUCUCUUAGCUCACAAAAGUUUCUCAUUCUCCACCUUCUGAAGUCUAAUUCCGUCAUUUCGUCACAGUCAUUCUCCGUCCAGCUUUGCUCCCUUGCUGGUGAGGAGUUUUGGUCCUUUCUAGGAGGCGAGGUGUUCUGGUUUCGGGUGUUUUCCUCCUUUUUUCGCUGGUUUCUUCCCAUCUUUGUGGGUUUAUCUGCUUGUCGUCUGAGUAGUUGCUGACUUUUCGAUUGGGUCUCUGAGUGGACACCCAGAUUCUUGAUGAAGUAUUUCUGUCACUUGGUUUUCCUUCUACCAGCCUAGCCCCUUCGCUGUACGACUGCUGAGGUCCACUCCAGGCCCUGCUUGUCUGGGGUGCACCUCUAGCAGCUGUGGCACAGUGAGGGAUGCUACCCGUUUCUUUUUCUGCUAUCUUUGUCCCAGGAUGAUGUCUGCCAAAUGUAAGUCUUUUGGAUAUAGAGGGGUCAGGGAGCUGCUUGAGGAGACAGUCUGUACUUUUUAGGAGCUCAAUUGCUGAGCUGUGAGCUCUGUUGUUCAUUCAGGGCUGUUAGGCUGCUAUGUUUGAUUCUGCUGCAACAGAGCUCAUUAAAAAAAACUUUUUUUUUCUCAAAUGCUCUGUGUUGGGGGGUUCAGGCUUUAUUUUUCGACAUCCUAUGAGGUGUCCUGCCCAGCUAGAAGGCAGACUAGCCACUGUUUGCCUGCCGAGGCUCCGCCCUGCUGUUGUGUGAUUCGCCCUGUUCCUGCAGUCUGUGCUGUGGUCUCCGCCACGCCCUGCGGUGGAGUCUCUUCAUUGUAGCGUGUUGCCUCAGCAACGGCAGGCUGCGUCAGCAGUGGGCGUGUAUCUCAGUAGGGACGGGUUGCCUCGGCAGCGGCAGGCUGCAUCAGCAGUGGGCGUGUAUCUCAGUAGGGACGGGUUGCCUUGGCAAUGGCUGGCUGCAUCAGCAGUGGGCGUGUAUCUCAAUUGGGGCGGGUUGCCUUGGUAGUGGUGGACGCCCCUCCCCCACAGAGCAUCUCGGACCGUCUGCUCGGGAUAGUUUGAAAUCGCAGUUUUGUUCGUCCCACUGGGUGUCCCAAACGAUCUGUCCCUGCAAUCCCCUGGGCUGGUCUACUGUCCAAGUCUCGUUCAGUCUCAAGUCCAGCCCUCUCAAGUCUCAGGUUGCCGGUUCAACAGGGCACUGGGACAAGUGCGCCCUGUGGGGAUUGCUGGGUAGGGCCGGCUGCCGCCGCUCCGGCGGCCGGCUUCGCCAGGCAGACCUACUGCCUGGUGUCCCGUGUCUUUUUUAUACUUGGGAGUUUCCCCGUUCUGUGGGCAACAAAGAUCAGUCUGGAAAUGCAGCUCCAACUCACCAUUUGUGGAUUCAACGAGAGCUCCAAUCCUGGGUUGUUCUCACAGCGCCAUCUUGAGUCCUCCCCCUGUAAUUUUCUACUUGACCAGUGUCACCAGGAAAAAUUAAGAAACAUUAACUCAAAACAGAUAAUUUGACUGCUUCUCUUCUGCAUUUCUAAUGACAAUUAUAAAUAAAGGGUGAGUUCAUACUAAUACAUUAGUAACUAAUACAGUAACUUCAAAAUAAUUAUUAGAUACAUCUAUGUGACUUAUUCAUAUUAUUCUUCCAUUUUUGUAAAGAUAGUAAGUUGAUUGUUGGUGGGAAAGGAGAAACAAACGUUUUCAGUGGUUUAAAUUGACUAUAUUAAGAAGAUGAAAAGCAAAUCUAGUUGUAUUAAAUAUUAAUGGUAAAAGGUUUAAAUAACCAUAAGAAACAGCUCUAUUCUAUUGUCAUGAAUUUUAUUUCACAUUAGCCUUUUGAGUGAAAUUAUUCUUAUUUUUUCCACAUCUCUCUUCUUUGAGUUGCCUGCUCUACUGGACAUUGUGUUGUUGUAUCUUUUUCGUGUUGGCCAUUAAUGACAGUUUCUUUGUUCCACUAUCCCAUCUUGUUAUUCGCCAGGAUAAGAUUUUAAAAUAAAAAUGAAAGAUUCUUUCUAAUCCUGCAACUGGUUGAAUAACCACCUUGUUUUCCAUGACUUCCGCCCACGGUUUAACAUAGUCAUGGUCUCCCAUCUUGAUGCCUUCCCAUUAACUUCUAUGACACUGCCUAUACUUGUAUCUUAUGAUUGGACCUUGUUUUUUUUUUAAAUUGUUGUUAUUGAGCAUCUUUUACUGUAAAUCUUUACAGAGAUUAUCAAACUCUGGGGAUAUGUGUUUCCAUGGCCAAAAUGUUGAUAUUCACGGAGUCUAGAAUCCCUUAAUAUUAUGCACAAAACCCUGAAAACCAAGGCCUUUUGCCUUGGCAUCAACUAUUAAUCUUCUUAUUUCCCCCAUCCUUCAUUUCUGUCUUGAAAUUUGCAUUUUAUCAUUCUCAUUAUUAUUUUACUACAUGUGUAUACAUCCUUAAUGAACAGCCCUAAAAUUUUGUGAGGUUUUUACUUAUGUAAAUAAAAGUAUUCUGUGUAUGUUCAAAGGCCAAACUGUUUCCUAGCAGCAAUAUAUAUGAGUUUUUAUCACUAACACUUGGUAUAAUCUAAAAUUUUGGGGUGUUGCUAUAGAUGUUGAUAUCAUUUCAUAUUCUUUUUUUUUUUUUGAGGCUGAGUUUCACUCUUGUGACCCAGGCUGGAGUGCAAUGGCGCAAUGUCGGCUCACUGCAACCUCUGCUUCCGGGGUUCAGGCAAUUCUCCUGCCUCAGCCUCCCGAGUAGCUGGGAUUACAGGCAUGCGCCACCAUGCCCAGCUAAUUUUUUGUAUUUUAAGUAAAGACAGGGUCUCACCAUAUUGACCAAGAUGGUCUCGAUCUCUUGACCUCAUGAUCCACCUGCCUCAGCCUCCCCAUUUCAUAUCCUUAGUCUUGGUUUCUUUUAUUGUUUUAGGGAGAUUGGUGCUACCUUUUGCCACAAAAUUUCAAUAUUAUAUUUGGAAAUUAAUUACAUAAAUUUUUUUGCAUUUUCCUUUUUUUCCAUUUUACUUUUCCUUUCUUCUCCUCUCUUCAUUUCUCUUCUCCUUUAGAAGCAGUGAUGGUUAAAAACCCAACCUCUGGAGCAGGACUACCAAGGAUUAAAUGUCAGCUGCGACACUUACUAUAGAUGUGACCUUGGGGAUAUUACAAUAUUUUCUCCACAGUGGUAUCUUUUUUUGUCAAAUAGGGAUAAUUAUUCUCUUCUUCAUAGAGGUAUUGAAAGGAUUACGUAUGAGUUAAUUCACUGGUAUGUAAAAUGUUGGGUACUGUGCCUGACACAUAAAGUUUUAAUUAGUAAAAUUUAUUUAUUUUCUUCUAUUUCUCUCAACAGCUCCUUUCAUGUUUGCCUGUCUUUUUUCUAUCAUCACCCAGGAUUUAAGUUACGAAGAGGAUAGGGCACUCAUGGAUUCCUCAGCAAUUUGUCAUCCUAAAGUUGGGAGAGAUUUCAAUGUUGGGAGUAGAUCUAGUGAGGGAAGCCUGUGAGUGGCACUUCUCACUGGGAUGGAAUAUGCCAACAGGCAUGUGUCUCCCUCAGCUAGCAUCUUUGGUAAGACAAAGGUUGAGUGUUAGGAGUGACACCAGUGAUCUCUCCUGAGGCCAUGGGGAAUACAGUAUGGAACAAAAUAGACAAGAUUAUUGCCUUUGACGUUUUCAAGUUUAGUGGAAGAGACCAUCGUUAAAUAAUUUUUAAAUAUGAUUGUGGUAAAUAUUAUGAAGAGCUAUGAGACUGUAACAGGGAAAGGCCUAAUUGUAGUCUGGGAAGUCAGGGAAUGCUCUCUGGAGGAAAGGAUUUUAAGCUAUUCUCCUUCCCACAUGGAGUACAAUAAUAUGAUGCCAGAAUACACUUUAUUCAAGCCUCUUUUUUUUUUUCUUUUGGGAUGGAGUCUCGCUCUGUUGCCCAGGCUGGAGUGCAGUGUCAUGAUCUCAGUUCACUGCAACCUCUGCCUCCCGGGUGCAAGGAAUUCUGCCUCAGCCUCCUGAGUAGCUGGGAUUACAGACGCCUGCCACUACACUUAGUAUUGUAGAUCCAUUUAGAAAUAAGGAGAAUGAUGCAGCAGUUAAAAUCCAGAGCUGGUUUCGAGGAUGUCAAGUUCGGGCAUAUAUCAGGCAUUUACACAGGACUGUAACAAUUAUUCAAAAAUGGUGGAGAAGUUUCUUAGGCAGAAAGCAGUAUCAACUAUCUGUGCAGGUAGCACGUUAUACUAUAAUGAUGAAUCUCUACAGUGCAAUGGCUGUCAGGAUUCAGAGACGAUGGAGGGGCUACAGGGUUCGGAAAUACAUCUUUAAUUAUUAUUAUUUCAAAGAGUAUCUGAGAGUCGUGUCAGAGACCAAUGAUGCAAUUAGGAAGGCACUGGAGGAGUUUGCAGAAAUGAAAGAAAGAGAAGAGAAGAAGGCUAACCUCGAUAGGGAAGAGGAGAAAAGAGAUUACCAAGCUCGAAAGAUGCAUUACCUCCUCAGCACAAAGCAGAUUCCAGGAAUAUACAAUUCACCAUUCAGAAAAGAGCCUGAUCCAUGGGAGCUGCAAUUACAGAAGGCAAAGCCUUUAACACACCAUAGACCUAAAGUUAAGCAGAAGGAUUCCACCAGCCUUACUGACUGGCUUGCUUGUACAAGCACCCGUUCUUUUCCUCGGUCUGAAAUUCUACCACCUAUUAAUAGAAAGAAAUGUCAGGGGCCCUUCCGAGGUAUCACUGAAGUAUUAAAACAACGCUACAAGCCUUUGGAGCCAACGUUGCGGGUGGCAGAACCAAUCAAUGAAUUAAAGUUGGCCAGAGAGGAGCUCAGAAGAAAGGAAUGGCUGAGAAAUGUAAAUGACAAUAUGUUUUUGCCAUUUUCUUCAUACCAUAAAAAUAAAAAGUACCUCCCAUCAAUGCAUUUAUCAAGCAAGUAUAGUCCCACUUCUCACAAAGAACAAUUCCGAAGUGAAAAUCCUAAGAAAUGGAUCUGUGACAAGGAUUUCCAGACUGUAUUACCAUCAUUUGAGCUCUUCUCAAAGUAUGGAAAAUUAUAUUCAAAAGCUGGGCAGAUUGUAUAAAGAAGACAAAAUAUAGAACUGAGAUUAAGGUGUGAAGUGAGUGUGAACAGAAGACCCCACUGCCUGGAGUCCUGGAUUCUUCAAUGCUGAUGAGUGACCUUGAUUCCCUUAAUCUCUGCAGUUUUUCUCUCUUGUAUGUCAGAAGAAACUGAAACCAUCUGCCUUUUAAACCUCAACAGUUCUUAAAGGAAAACACAGAUGAAGAUCCUGUAGGAAAUGUACUUACUAUGAUUCAGUAAACUAUAAAAUUUUGCAGCUCUA